AUGAGGGGCGAGUCCCACCCCCACCCUUCAAACCCCGGACUUACUCGACACGGUAUCAUACCUGCAGCCAAUCCCAGAGUCACUCCAAAUACUCCAGUUCCCGAGCCGCCCCCUCGUUCUUCGAAAAGAGACGGCUAUUCUCGGGUCACGGUCCUUGUAGACGAGGCAAACGUCCUCUUCGAUCCGGACUUUCAAGAAUCUACUCGCAUGCUUCUUGGUGACAUUGCUGCAGCCCGUGGUUCACCUGUCUCAGUAAUCCAUUCCUCGGCUCUAUCCUCGACUCUGGAUUCGGAAACAACUACUACAACAAUCUCCUACCCGUUCAACUCCGUUCUCACCAGCGCAACAAUUCCCGCAUUCCUUGCUACCUAUCUUUCAAACUACCAUGCAUCCCUCACCUGCCUUGCAUCCCCGCGGCUGCAUCACCUCCCUCCGACCCUUCGCACUGAGCACACCUCAUGGACAGGCGGGAACAAAAAUGCAGACAUCGAGCGCCGCAUCCGUCGCGUAUGGGCCGAAGAUGUCCUCGUGCACUCCAAUACCGCAACCGGUUCCGGUCCCGUCAAACUCUCCAAGCUCCUCGUCUUCUGCAACAGACGCAGCAAAGUCGAGCAACUAGCUACAUUCCUCGACGGCCACGGGAUCAAAUGCGUUGCGCUCACCGGUGGUGCAGAAACGCGCAAACAAGGGUCGAAUCAUCAUCUCGACGGGUUCUUGGGGCCUGUCCCGACUGGUCCGGAGGCCCGGCAAGGGGAGGACGACUAUUCCAGGGUCACAGACGACAGGCUGCUGUGGAAUUGUGUCAACCGAUAUGUGAAGAAGGAUGGGGAGGCCAAAAUUUGGGAGACCACCCUCAUAGAUGAGACGUGGUCAUGGGAGUCCGUGCAACAUGGGGACUCUGCUCUACUAAACAGACAGCAUCUCAAUGGUAGUUUGUACGAGAACGCCUCUCAAACCCGCUUGCUUGAACAUCAGUGGAUUGGACCUGUGACAGUGCAAGAGAUAUUGCAAGCUCUCUCAUCAAUGACAUCAAUGAUGGAGCAAGUCUCCAAGGAGCGUGUUUGCCGCAGACCAGCAAAUCCAAUCAGCUGA